AUGUCACGAAAAAGACCAAAUAUAACUGCCGAGUAUACGACAGAAGGCACGCGUGCACAUACUGCGGGCUGUUGUGUGCAAAGAUCGGGAGACAUCUGCUUACAAAGCACAAGGGAGAGGAAGAAGUUGUCGGCCUUGGGACAUAGAAAAAACUCGUCCGAGCAGAAAGCAGUAUUGACCAAGCUUCGUCUCCAGGGUGAUUACCACCACAACAUGAAUACACUGGCGACGGGUGAAGACGAGUUAAUUACUGCAAGAAGACCAGGGCAGGACGAGACGAAGAAAAACGUACAGGACUUUCUUCUCUGCGAGUUUUGUUCGGGGUUUUUCCGCAAGUUGGGCUUGUGGAAGCACCAGGCUUCAUGUCAACAUAAAACCCCCGAGUCAUCUCACCAACACAGCAACAGACAGGUGCAGCAAUCAGCCAAACUGUUGAUAGCUCCUAUACUAACAGGGAGCGACAACUCAGUGCUUAAUAAGAUCCUGUGCUCAAUGAAUCACGGUGUGAUUGCAGAUAUUGUGAGGAAGGACGACCUAAUAAAGAUGCUUGGGGCAUUUCGUUUAGAGAAAGAGGGAGAAAGGGAUCGCCAGUUGGUCUCCCAAAAGAUGAGGGAACUGGGUCGCCUCCUACAACAGUUAAUGGUCGUGGAAAAUAAUGAGGCGGUCCAGUUGUCCGACUUCAUAAAGCCGGAGAAAUUUGAUAUAAUAGUAAAAACUGUUAUGGAGACCACUGACUUUAUGCCGCCAAAUCUUAGCCAGCAAGAAGUCAACAUCCCAUCACUCGCACUAAAGCUCGGGCAUUCUCUAUUGAAGUGUGCUACACUUCUUCACAAUCAAGCGAUUCGUGCGAGGAAUGACUUGGUGGCAAAUGAGAUAAAAUACUUUCAAAAAUUGAUGAGGUCGGAGUGGGAAGAUCUCGCAUCACUCCUUUCCACAUUGAAAGAACGGAAGAUGAAUGCUGUACAAGUCCUUCCUCUGGCAGAAGAUAUGCGAAAGCUGAGAAAGUUCGUCGAACAGGGGAUAACUGAAAACUCCAGGCAACUGAAGCUAUCCCCAACGUCCAAAAACUGGACCGCACUUGCGAGGCUGCUUUUGGCGAGGGUGGUGAUGCUCAACAAGAGAAGAUCUGGAGAAGCAUCGAAACUAUUGCUUAAUUCCUACCAAGGAAUACCAGAGUGGACAAAGAGAGCCACGUCAGAGAUUCUCUCAAACCUAACUCCAUUAGAGCAGCGGCUAUCGCAGCGGUAA